AUGAGCGGCGAUGGGACGUCGUCGUCGUCGUUACGCGCGGCGGACGCGUACAAGUACAACCAGCGCAAGAUGAUCACGCCGACGUACCCGGAGGAGGGCGACUACAUCUCCGUCCAGGGCGAGGAGCUCAUCUUCGGCGCGAUCUUCGCGUGCGUCGCGUGGUGGAUGUUCAAACAGCUCCGGUCGAUGCUUCGCGCGCACAGGAACGUGAAGCGGAUGGCCGGCGUCGACGACGGAGGACCGGUGGGGGUGAUGAUCAUGUCCGACGACGACGAUGACGGCACGGACGCGAGCGAGGACGGGAUGGAUCCAGGGCGGCCACUGAAGAAACGAGAAUGA